UCGAGCAGCAGCCAGAAAAGACGAGCAACCACCAGCAGUGUCCAGCAACUGCUGCUACACAAAGAACAGGCAUAAGAACCGCCUCUCCCAUGAAUACGCUCCUCAUCACAUACCCAAUCUACUGAUGGCAAAUCUACAAUUCACAAAUAAGGCUGAGCAAGUGCUCGGCCAAGCUCAGAAGCUCGCUGCAGACUACAGCCACCCUCAAAUUGAUACUGUGCAUCUUGCCUGUGCGCUCCUCUCGCCGCAGGAAGAUGGCAGUAUCCCGCUCUUUACACAAAUCGUCACCAAGACCGGCGCUGAUACUGUUCAGCUCGAACGAGCCCUCCAAAAAGAACUCGUCAGGACGCCCUCUCAGGAUCCCGCGCCAGAGACAGUCGGUCUUUCGCCUGGUGCUCUCAAGAUCCUCAAAGGCGCCGAGUCCAUCAUGAAAUCACAAAAGGACUCGUUCAUCGCCAUUGAUCACAUCAUCGCAGCGCUCGUCAAGGACAAGAAGAUUGAUACCAUCCUCAAAAGCUGCGGCGUCACAGACAAGGCAUUGCAAGUAGCCAUCGACCAAACUCGUGGCAACAAGCGUGUCGAUACCAAAAACGCCGAAGAAGGAUUCGAGGCACUCCAAAAGUAUACCACCGACUUUACUCAACUCGCUCGGGACGGCAAGCUCGACCCUGUCAUUGGCCGCGAAAAAAUUAUUGCACGAGCGAUUCGAGUGCUCUCAAGACGCACCAAAAACAAUGCCAUUCUGCUCGGUGACCCUGGUGUCGGUAAGACUGCUGUAGCAGAGGGUCUCGCUCAGCGCAUCAACAAUGACGACGUCCCCGCAGCCCUUCAAAACUCAAAGUUGCUUUCUCUCGACCUGACAGCAUUGGUUGCCGGUACAAGUCACCGUGGUGAAUUUGAAGAGCGUCUCAAAUCUGUCCUCAAGGAAAUCGAAGACUCCCCAGUCCCCAUCAUCCUCUUCAUUGACGAGAUGCAUCUUCUUGCAGGCGCUGGCGCUGCUGGUGGUAGUAUGGACGCCGCCAACAUUCUCAAACCCAUGUUGGCUCGUGGUACUCUGCACUGCAUUGGCGCAACCACCACUGCCGAGUACAAGAAGUACAUUGAAAAGGACUCUGCCCUCGAGCGUCGAUUCCAGGUCGUCAAUGUCCCCGAACCCACCGUUGCAGACGCCAUCAGUAUUCUGCGUGGCUUGAAGGAACGUUACGAAGUCUUUCACAAUCUGACCAUCACAGACAGUGCCCUAGUCUCUGCUGCACAACUCGCAAGUCGCUAUCUCACAGGCAGGCGUCUUCCAGACUCAGCCAUUGACUUGAUUGAUGAAGCAGCCGCUAGCGUUAGUGUCGCGCGCGACUCACAGCCCGAAGAACUCGACCAGCUUGAACGCGCCAUCAAGCGUCUUGCCGUUGAGAUUCACGCACUCGAGCGCGAGAAGGAUCAAGCUUCCAAAGAACGCCUUGGUAAAGCACGCGAGGAAAUGGCCAAUUUGGAGGAACAGCUGCGACCCCUCAAAGUCAAGUUUGAAUCUGAAAAGGCUCGCGGCGCUGAAUUGCAGGAUGCACGACUCAAGCUUGACACACUCAAAGCAAAAGCGACCGAUGCUGAGCGUCGAGGCGAUUUGCAAACGGCCGCUGAUCUCACCUACUAUGCCAUUCCAGAACUUGAAAAGCGUAUUCAACGCCUUGAAGCGGAGAAGCACCAGCAAGACCAACUCAUGCAGGAUGAAGACUCCAUCAUCAAGGAUGUGGUGACGGACCAAGAGAUUGCAGAAGUUGUCAGUCGCUGGACCAACAUUCCUGCCACCAAGUUGAAAAUGUCCGACAAGGCUCGCUUGCUUGGCUUGGAGAAGCAUCUCGCAGAAACGGUGAUUGGUCAGCCUGAAGCUGUCAAGGCUGUUGCCAAUGCCGUGCGCAUGUCGCGUGCUGGUUUGAGUGACCCCAAUACGCCUCCCAGCUUUUUGUUUUGUGGACCUAGUGGUACGGGCAAGACGCUGCUUACCAAGGCGCUUGCAGAGUUCCUGUUUGACGAUCGUCGUGCGAUUACGCGUAUUGAUUGUUCAGAGUACAGUGAGAAGCACUCGGCCGCGCGACUCAUUGGUGCACCACCCGGUUAUGUCGGCUAUGAGGAAGGCGGUCAAUUGACCGAAGCAAUUCGACGCAAACCCUUCUCAAUUGUCUUGUUUGACGAGGUUGAGAAGGCAGCGCCGGAUGUGUUGCUCGUCUUGCUACAGCUCUUGGAUGAAGGACGCAUCACGGAUGGCCAAGGCCGGUUGUGCGAUGCUCGCAACACCAUCAUCAUCAUGACUUCCAAUCUCGGCGCAAAGUACCUGCUCGAAGACUCUGCCAGUAACAGCAACGGCAAAGUCAGCAAGGCAACACGCGAACACGUCAUGUCUGCCAUUCGCGCUUGCUUCCGACCAGAGUUCAUCAAUCGACUCUCCUCCAUCACCAUCUUCAAUAAACUGACACACGCUGAUAUUCGCAAGAUUGUCGAGAGUCGGAUCAAGGAGGUGCAGGAACGUAUUCUGCUCAAUGGCAAGAAUGUGAGGUUGUUGUUGGAUGACGCUGCAAAGGACUAUCUCGGUGCUGCUGGCUACUCGCCACAGUACGGUGCUCGCCCACUGAAUCGUCUUAUUCAGAAAGAAGUGCUCGAGCGUCUGGCUGUGUUGAUGUUGCGCGACCAGAUUCGCGAUGGGGAGGAUGCCAUCAUUACGAUGAAGGGCAAUAGGCUCUCGAUUCUUGCCAAUCACCUGGGUGAAGAUGGGCUGAUUGAGCAUGAUAUGGAUGAUGAGAUGGAGGACGAAGACGAGAUUGAGGUGGAGGAGCUUGAAUGAUUUAUGACUACAAUCCAUAGCAAUAUGACUACUUUUACUGUGAGAUACAAUUUUCAGGGGCAUGCACCUCAACAACGCAACGUAUUGUAAAUGCAACUUUGCGACUGGCUCAGCCACAUUGAUCCGUCC